UUAUGCACGAUUUUCGAAAUGGGGUUUAUUUAAAAGUUUAAAAAGUAGAAAUUUAGUUAAUUACAAGUUUUGUUUGAAUUAAAAAAUAUAGUGAACCAAAUGCUUUCACUAUCUUAACAACUAUGUUUAUUAGGAAGUUACUUCGACAUGGUUUAGCCUUAUAUAAAUUCAAAAAUCAGCCUUCAACUUGUAGUACCCUUAAUUUUCCAAAGUUUUUCCACACGUCUGCGUUAUUUAGAGAUAAUGAUAAAGCAGUAGUAGUAAGAGACUCAUUUGACGAUGUAAACAAAAACAAGAACACCUAUUUAGAAAUGGUAAAGAUCUAUAUAAAUAGGGAACAUGUUUAUCGAAGAGGUCAUGUUGAAUUUAUAUAUUCCGCACUUAAACAUAUGGAAGAGUUCGGAGUUCAGAAAGAUCUAGAGGUAUAUAAAGCUUUAAUCGACGUUCUUCCCAAAGGAAAACUUAUUCCGCAGAAUCUUAUACAAGCAGAAUUUAUGCAUUACCCAAAACAACAACAAUGUAUCAUCGAUGUUUUAGAACAAAUGGAGGAUUAUGGUGUGCUGCCCGAUUUCGAUAUGGAAGAUCAGCUCUUAGCUAUAUUUGGCAAAAGAGGAUUUCCUUUAAGAAAAUUCUGGAGAAUGAUGUAUUGGAUGCCAAGGUUCAAGAAUAUAUCGCCUUUUCCACUACCUGAUCCUUUACCUACUGACCUUUUAGAAUUGACUAAGUUAGCAGUAGAAAGAAUUAGUAGAGUUGAUGUGUCGAAUAAAGUGACUGUUUAUCAAACAGCUGAUAUCAAAGACUCAAUUGAUGAUACUUGGAUUAUCAGUGCCCAGAGUAUAUCACAGAAACGAUUAUUGAGUGAAAAUAACGAAAAAGAUCCGAUUUUUGUGGAAGGUCCCUUUAAAGUGUGGCUCAAAGGAAAUCCUAUAAAUUAUUUCAUUCUUCGUGGUCAGCCAAGGCCAUUCAACGAUGAUUUCGAAGAUGCUGAUAAUGUUGAAAAUAUCAAAACACCGUUUCUAAGUUUCAGACCCCCUGUUAAGAAUAUAAUGAAGCAAACUUUCACGGUGCACGAGCAAGAGGAUGGUGUAAUUUAUGCUUUAUGUGCAACGGGCACUUCAACUAAAGACUCUUUACUUUCCUGGAUUAGGCACUUAGAAAUCGAUGGUAAUCCACAUUUAGGAAAACUGUCUGUAGUGUUCACGUUGAGGAGUGGUGAAAAAGUAAUUUCUAAUAUAGAUGACAAAGAGAAAAUUGAAGAGAAAUGAUAUAUUUUAAAGUCGUUUUUCAAUUUUAAAAUAGAUAUUAAAGGUUUUAAAUUUAUAAUUUGUAAAAAGAAUUUUUUGCAAUAAAUAUUUAUUAUAUUACA